ACAUCACAGGCUAAUGCGGGUCACAGCAUGCCGGUAAUCUCCGCCUGACCGACCGACACCGGGCCGCCUCCUUCUCCGCGGCCCCGCCGCUGCAUCGGCUCUCCGGCGGCGGGAUGAACCCCACGUUGUGCUAGCGGAGCUGCUCCUCCUGCUCCUCCGCGUCCUCCUCGUCCGCUCCGCGCCGCCAUGGGGAGCCCUCUGCCCGGCGUGGCGCUGGCGGUCUGGCUCCUGCUGGAGUGUGUUGAGGCCAAGAAGUACUGCUGGUACUUUGAGGGCCGGUACCCGAUCUACUUCAUAUGCCGCUCCUAUGAGGACUGCUGUGGGACUCGCUGCUGUGUGCGAGCUCUGUCCAUCCAGAGACUCUGGUACUUCUGGGUGCUGCUGAUGAUGGGGGUGCUGUUCUGCUGCGGUGCCGGCUUCUUCGUCCGCAGGAGGAUGUACCCGUCGCCCCUGAGGGACGAGCACGCCUUCAACGUCUCCUUCACCAGGCACCCUGCCACCUCCCCAGUGUCCCAGCAGCCCGGCAGCCUUCAGGGCUUCGGGGUCAACGGGAUGACGGGCGGCGACCCCGGGGUCGGCAUCGCACACCCGGCCUACCCGCCGCCGUCUGGCUCCGCCCACAUGGUGAUGGCCGCCUACCCGCCGCCGCCGUCCUACGAGCAGAUAUAUCAAAACGCCGACAAGAAGUAACGGCAAAGUACCGAGGAGACGGAACUGGACAAGGGAAGGAAAGAAGGAGUGAAAAGCUGAUUGUUUUCAACUCAACUUUCUGUGGAUGUAAGACUUGGAAAACACACAACAUGUCUGAACACACACACACACACACACACAGUUUAUUGAUGUGGCUCCACCUGUACAGUGAUGGUGCUGAACACCUCCUCACCUCCACCUGUACACGAGGCGUGUAUUACAUUCAGUUUUAUUCUCCACGUUAUUAUAAAAUAACUUCUGAACAAACAUUCACAAAGACGAGAGACUUCAAGAUGUUGACGACAUGUAGCGAUGAGCAGCUAGUUAGCCGCUUGUUAGCAGCCUGUUGGUAGCUUAUUAGCAGCUCGUUAGCUGCUCAUUAGUGUCUCACUAGCAGCUUGUUAGCAGCUUUUAGUUCUGGAGGAGGAGGAGGAAACUCUGCUCGUCUUCAUCAGCUGCAGGUCCUCGCUGACAGACAGGAGGACUCGAUGUUCUGAGCUCCUCUUCAUCUCCAGGAAUCGGCACUGAUUUCUAUUUCCGUCGUCUUCCACUGCACUUUGUGCUGUGAGUUACUCUCUAAGCCACGCCCCCUUAGUGCAUACGGCCUCCGCCGAUUGGUUGAUGGGUUUAUGAGGCAGCAACUGUUCUGGUCUCUGGAGCUUCAGGACGCAGUUAAUAAAACUCUUUGUUUGUAGAGCGGAGACAACAGGCAUGAGGAGUUGUUGUUUGUGGAUCUCAGACGUUAGGAGCAGAACACGAGUGUCUGAACUGGCUCUCGUAACGACGAGUGGUGCAACGAUGAUGAUGAUGAUGAUGAUGAUGUCGUGGUUUCAAGAAGCCGCCGAGCUCCUUCUGGACCUCUUCCUUUGUUUUGAUGAACACGACAUGUGCUUCAGGUUUUACAUUGGCUUAACAAUAAUUUGGCGCGUGGUGGGCGUGGCUCUUGGAGUGUGGUGGGCGUGGUCUUCUCAUGACGACUUUGAGUUGUUGUCUUUGCAGCUGGAGGCUCAGGAACACACACUCGUCAUAUACACACACUGCAUUGUGACACUGCAUGGCUCAAUUAAGACACCAACAUGGAGGCUGAAUAUCUCGUGGAUGAUUAUUUUUCCUGUGGGUCAUCUCUGUGACCUCUAGGUGCGGAGGUCAUAUUAAUAUGACCUCCGCGCCUAGAGGUCAUAUUAAUGUGACCUCUAGGUGCUCUCUCCAGGCCUCUGGUCCACUCCUCUAGACCCCACCUGGUCUGGUUCCUGGUCUCCAAGAGGAACCAGGUCUAUGAGACCAGGGCCCUUGAGAAGGUCCUCGGGUCGACUAUGUAACAGGAAACUGUCAACGCAUCAACACCUGCUCUUCUUCAUCUUCAUCUUCUUCCAAACUACUUCAUUGAUUGUGAAAUAUGUAAAUAAACUUCACUUCUGAUAA